AUGCAUUUAGGAAUCCCCAAAAGGUCGGAUCUGAGGCCCAAGGGCAAGAACAAGGCUCUCCUACCUAUACCUGCAUCUUUGAGAGGACGAUUCAAUGACUACAGGUCCAAAAAGACGAUUAUCUAUGCGGUUCUAACUUUGAUUACUUUCAACUACAUCAUACGCCGAGCGUUCUUUUCAUCGGGAACAGGACACAAUUUCAAUCAUCUAACCAAUCAAGAAGCUCUUCAGACGCUGCAGAAAAACCACGGUCUUUAUAAACACGAGAUAAUUGUGAAUUCCAAUUACAUUUUUCCACCUAUUGAACACGCUCCCCUGCUAAGGGAACUCACCCUGGACAGAUUAUUCAAAUCCAAAGUUAGCCCUGAUAAUCCUCAGGAGAAAUUGUAUUACUAUUCUGAUGAUGACGAUCUCAACGACCUUAAUGAGAUCAAGGACAAAUCUAACUCGGAGAACCCCCUGGAUCAGUCCCGAAAAGCAUUCAAAGAGCAUGGUCGUAUAGUUUUCAGACCUUCGGGAGGCGGGAAAUCGCCGGAAAUUGUGAUUGUCACUGGUGUUGACUUUGAGCAAUUCGAGCAAGGCCAUUUGACCAAGGUUGUUCAAAAUAGAGUUGACUACGCUCAUGCAAACGGCUAUGGAGUGUACGUUAGAUGGAUUCAGGAGUUCAUUCCAACUCUGCAAGAGUUCCACAACGACCGCAAAUGGGCCAAGUUGUUUAUUCUCAGAGCUGCUAUGCAUGCAUUCCCUCAAGCAAAAUACUUCUGGUAUCUGGACGAAAACGCCUACAUCAUGAGACACGACAUUGAGCUCUAUUCCUACCUUCUAGAACCGAUUUCCCUGGAGCCGAUCAUCUUGAGAGACCAACCAAUAGUGCCGCCUAAUGGUGCCAUUAAAACUUACAAGAAAACUAAACCUGAAGACGUUCGCUUCGUGAUCACACAAACCAAAGACGGACUUAAUACAGAUUCGUUUAUUUUGAAAAACGACAUAUAUGGUAAAGGACUCCUGGAAUUUUGGACCGAUCCAUUGAUGAGGAAAUAUCCAAGUUUUGUUGCAGACGACAAGGAUGCCUUGAUGCACAUUCUCCAGUGGCACCCAGUUAUCUUGAGUAAGUCCGCCAUCGUUCCUGGUCGGACAAUAGCUUCAUUGCAUAGCUCCAAUAUCGCGGAGGAAGCCGACGACACUUCAUUUUAUCAAGAAGACGACUUUGUUGUGAAUUUCAAAGGCUGCGAUGUCCAUCAUACAUGCGAGUUAUUAUUGGAUUCGUAUUGGAAGAAGCAACAAGCUGCAAAAUGAGAUCAGGCCUCUUCACCAUUUCCUGACGCAUUUGCAUUCACUCGCUCUCCCAGCACUUGGAGAGCUAUCUGUCUUCUUCUGUCUGCAAUCUCGCGAGUGACUGUUGCAGUCUGUGUAUUGAGUCUUUUAAUUGACCUCAAGUUUCCGGACUCAAUAUCGUCGUCAUUGAACGGUCUUAUAAUUCCUACCAGUGCAGAGGUGUGGUAGCAUGCUCGGCACAAUGGUCUCAGCAUCUUGUGCAAACCAGCAGGAAAGAACUGAACGAAUGCAAACGUAUCCGACGCAUCACCUCUCACCAUCGAACGGGUAUUGUUGGAAGGAAGCAGAUCGUUAAGAGUGUUAAUUUGAUAAUAGCGCAAAUAAACCCAGCUGACAUAGAAAUUAUUGAACAUCGGCACAACUGGCACCAACGACCUUGAAAUAAGAGAAACCAUAACUGCCGCACAAAGUAGAAUGAAUGGUAACUGCCUCAGACGAAUAGAUACUGUUUUGAAUAUUUUAAGAUUGUGCUCGGGAGACAGCUGUUUGAGUACCACGACAAAACUCAUUAUAAGAGAGUAAACGCCGUGGUUCACCGGCUCUGUAAGCUUUGCAGACUGAAAUGACAAUACGUGAAACAGCAGCUCAAGGAGCAAUGUGCUUACAUUGGUUGCCACUGUGACUAUGGUGAUGUAGUAUACCGUCUCAGAAAAUAUCUUAUUCUCGUUGUUGAGGAUCCAGUGCUUUUCCAAAUAAUUGAUACCAAAGUAGAACACCGCGACGGCGAUCAAGAACUUGAGCACAGAUGUUUCCACAAAACUUUCUGUCAACAGAGUCCAAGGAUAGUACCACACCCUGCUCGGCACUAACUGAAGAACCGGAACCACUAUCUCUGAAAAGGAGAUUUCCGAAUUUUGUGAUUUGACAGCAUUGUAAGUCUGCAGGCGGAUGAUUGAGGUAAGCAAUGACAAGACAGUUGUCAAGCUCAAAUAUAGAACUGUCGCGUACGUCCACGUUAUGGAGGAGACUAGGAUAGCCAUAAAGUGUUCUAAAUAAACAUAGGAAAAUAAUGUGAAGGUGCAAAGGUGCAAGAAUUUGUAUCAGGGCUUAGAACACACUCCGGGGAGACGUCAACACGAUAAGCAGAUCUUUGACACAAAGGGCGUAGCUUUGGACUACCAGGCCAUUUAUACGUUACAUUCCGAGAUUGUCAUCCCUCGUGAGCACCGGCACCGCUGCUGACAUAAGCAUACAAUCGAAGUUGAGAUUUUAGAUUUGACAAGGUUUAUAUCAUGACCUCUUCUGAUAAACGAACAGCAUACAAGCAACUGAGCGAGGAAGAGAAAAAACAGCAUCACAUCAGGUCUGAAAAUAAGCGACGAGAACAAAUCAGAUCGACUUUUGACAGUUUGGUGAAGGUGGUGCCGGAUUUGACAGAGUCAGAGAAUAGGUCAGAAUACGCAGUUCUGUCCAAGACUUCCAACUAUAUCCGACAGCUUCGUGUGGACAACCAAAGACUACUACAGAUUGCAAAAGAGCGCGGCAUAGAGGUUCCAGAUGAUCUGAAAGAAUAAUAUUGCAUUAUACAUGUUACUUAAUCCUCGUGUUCUUUUCACUCUUCCUCUUCCUCCUCCUCCAGCUCUUCUAGGGGCCACCAUUCAGGUAUAUGAACCUUGGCAAUGAAGUUACCAGCGACCUCUGACGAACUCUUUGAUACUAUAGGGAACUCGUUAUUACCAGGCGCGUUGUCACGAGUGAUCUCGGCCACAUAUACAACGGCGAGGCCAAUAUUAUUUUGCACUCUGAUGAUCUCUCCAACUUUUUUGUCUCUGCGCGUCUUCGAUCCAAACGGAUUUGAGGAUUGAGGCUCGGCGUUUUGGGCUUUCUUGGACGUGUUGAUCAGCUGCAGAUCAGUGUACUUGCCCAGACCCAGGUCUUCGUUUGUCAAUUUUAGUUCCUCGCUCACAGGCUCUCCAACUCUGAACAGUUGUAUGGGCAUGACUCGUUUUCUAAUGACGCCUGAAUGAAACGUUCUGAUGGUGAGCUCCUGACCUACAUAGCAUCCCUUGUUGUAAUUGAUUCCAUUCAUGUAAUCGAGGUUAUUUUCGAAGGGCAGUGUUUCGGACUUGAAGUCGGAUAUUUCUGAAAUUCCAACCAGAGUGCGUAGGGUAUCAUAAACUUCUUGCCCCAUUUUGAUAUCCUCGAGGUUCUGGAGCUGGCUUUCUGGUGGAAGAACGAAUUUGAGCCCAAAACAUGGCGCACGGUCGUCGAUUGCAAACCCUUGUAAUUGCGAGGCAGCCGCCUCCGUCAGUAUCUCCUCAUUCACAAGCCUAUCUUGUAAAUACUUGCUCCACGUAGCAGCGGCUUCCACGCUUUUGGAGUUUCUAUUAUUGAGAUACUCGGACUGCAUUAAGUCGUAAAACUCGUCGAAUUCCUCGGAGUGGUCGUAAUAAAACCACGAGUUAUAAUUUGCAACCGAAAUAUCGAUCUUUGCUCGAAGUUUGUGCAGCUUGAGCAUCAUCUGGAUUUGGCCAAAAUUCUUCGGUGCCAUCUCAAGCAAGUACUUGGGGCCGUUGCUUGGGGUAUAAGGGGUUGGAUAGACAAAUAAAUCAGACAGAACUCGUCCCUUGGAGUUUAAAAGCAUGGAAUACCGCCCGUCCCUCCUGAUGCCCAGUCGUUCUGGGACAUCGGGGUCGUAAGUCUCGUCCUCGUGAAGAAUGCCCCAAUUCUCGGUCUUCAUCUGUUCGUCAGUGAGUCCGAGCAUUUUGGAGUUCUCCAAUGCCUGUAGAUCACUGGCAGAUAUCGUGGUAAGGUUCUUUUUCUCAAAAGUAGGAAGCAUCUUAGUAGUCAGCAGUCCAUUCAAGAACUUGGCUGAGUCUGGACCCUUGAUCUCAAGCAGCUUUCUAUCAAGCUUGACAAGUCCUCGUGGCGGAAUUGCC